CUUGUUCUUCCUACCCACUAGCCUUCGCAGAGCAAAGUCGAGGAUAAGGAUAUAAUCAUAUAUAGCUACUCUCUGCCCUCCGUUUUCAUCGCCCUUGCACGGAAGCAUCAGCAAUAAUAGAGAGAUACGGACGCCAAAGUAAAAGUGCCCUUCCGGCUUCCACUUCCCUUGAAGUCCAAAAAGGAAUGUCCAGCUUCUAACAUUUAAGUAUUAGUUGCAAACACCAAUCAGUAAAUUGAGGAUGUCUCCACUGAUCCAUUGUUCAAUAGGAAAUAUCAAUCUCUUUCCUGGAGCCACCUUCGUACAAACAAAGAGAAUACAGCUUACCAAAUAUAAUGCUUCACAUAAUCAUGCAGAGCGGGUAUUGUAUAGCAGAGGAUAUUAUUUUCCUCGAUCAUUACAUCUGCCUCAGAUAUACAGAAUUAGCUUCACACCUAGACAUGGAUUAAGAAGUCAAACAAUAUCAGCUGUUGGGACUGAUGUAACAGUAGAAGAUCCAAAUCCUGCUGUUUCAGGAGAAGGCAAUAAUGUUGCAGAUGGAGCUUCACCAAGUUCUGUUGAGACAAGCAAAACUGCCCCAUCAAAUCCUGCCAUGACUCCCACUGCUAGAGUCAAACGUCCAAGAUCUGUCAGAAAGAGUGAAAUGCCCGCUGUGAAGGAUGAAGAAUUGAUUCCAGGUGCUUCCUUUAUCGGGAAAGUAAGGUCAAUUCAACCCUUUGGUGCCUUUGUAGACUUUGGAGCAUUCACAGAUGGACUUGUUCAUGUUUCGAGAAUAAGCGAUGAAUAUGUCAAAGAUGUUGCAGCUGCUGUUUCCAUUGGACAAGAGGUGAAAGUAAAGGUGGUGGAAGCCAAUAAGGAAACUGGUAGAAUAUCUCUCACCAUGCGAGAUGGUGAUAAUACUGGUAAGACACAGCAGAGAAAGGAAACUCCUGCCAAUGGAAGCAAUGAUAAGCCUAGAUCUGUCAGGAAAAAUGCUGUAAGGUCUAAUCAGAAACGUGAUGAGGGGCAAAAGAGUAGCAAACUUGUGAAGGGCCAAAUUUUAGAUGGCACAGUGAAAAAUACAAUCAGAUCAGGUGCUUUUGUAUCUCUACCAGAUGGAGAGGAAGGUUUUCUACCAGUGUCUGAGGAAUCUGAAGGGUUUGGAAACGUAAUGGGUAACUCUUCUCUGCAAGUUGGUCAGGAAGUCAAGGUGCGGGUGUUGCGUAUUUCAAGAGGACAGGCUACUCUAACAAUGAAAAAGGAAGAAGAUGUUGAAUCUAUAAAUAGGCAGCUUAAUCAAGGUGUAGUGCACGUGGCAACCAACCCUUUUGAGUUAGCUUUCCGUCAAAACGAGGACAUUGCUGCAUUUUUGGAUGAGAGAGAAAGAACCCAGAAAAAAACUUCACUCUUGAUUGAAGAAAAGGUCAAUGAAUCCACAAAAGUCAGCGAAGAAGGCUUGGUUGGUGUUUCUUCUAGUUCAGGUCUGGGGCUUAAGGUUGAAAAAUCAACAUCUGAAGUGCUUAAUGACGAAGAUUCUACUUCAGAGUCUAUUCCAGAUGAACAAAUUAGUAGUGAUAUGGAACCUGCAAGUGAAUCACCUCAGGAUGCUAUUUAUAUUCCGGAAACCUCAACCGGAGAUGAGGAUAAUUCUGGAACCCCAACAGAAUCAUCCAGUCUAGUUUCUGACGGGCCCUCUGAAACAGACGUAUUGGAAGAUCCUAUUGCCUCAGGUAUUACUAAAGAUGAAAGCAUCGGUAGUACAACAAAUUUGAUUUCUGAAAUUUCUUUUAUUGCUGAUGCUCCAUCAAGUGAUGAAGAAAGCCAUACUGAUGUUUCCGAAAAACUGGCCUCAGAAGAUAAACUUGAAAUGCCAUCUACCGAAGUAAAUGGGAAUGGAGGAUACUCAAAUGCUGAAAAUUCUGUGGCUGAUAGCCUCCCUAUAAUUAAUGAGGUUGAAGAAAGCAAUAUCUCUACCAUUUCAGUUUCAGAAGGUGGGGAGAAUUCUCAAAAUUCUGAUGCCAUAAAAAAUGGAAUUAAAGAAUUUAUAACUUCUGGAAGUUCCAUAAUUGAUGAAUUGAAGAAAAACGAAGUCCAUGACGUUCCUUUCUUACAAGAUAAGGAAAGUUCUAACAACUUAACCAUGGAAGAAAGUAAAAAAAAAGAAGCUUUAACUCUUGAAAGCUCCAUUACUGAUGAGUUCCCCGGAACGGAUGAUGAUAAAGAAACUGAUGCCACUGCUAUAACUUUCUCAGAAGAUAUUGAAAGUGUUGGUAACCCAAUUGCUAAAGAAAAUGAUGUGGAGCCUGCCAAAUCUGAAGAAUCUUCUAAAAAAGCUAGAGGUGAACUCUUGGUUUUAGAAGUUGCUAAUGAUGAAAUUGCUAGCGGACAUUCAGAUGCCAUCGUAAUAAAUGGUAAAAUGGAAACAGAAGAGCCUCCUUUAAUUGAGAAUGAAAUAGCCUCUUCUAACUUCAAUAUCAAAAAGAUGGAGGCUUCGACUUUGGGAACAUCUAAGAUUUCAAUCGGGCAAUCUGGAAAUCCUGAACAAGGAUCUGUCAAAGCAACAAUCUCCCCAUCUGUUGUGAAGCAAUUGCGGGAAGAAACUGGAGCUGGUAUGAUGGAUUGCAAGAAAGCUCUUGCAGAAACAGAUGGUGACUUUGUUGAAGCUCUGAACUUUCUCAGGAAAAAAGGAUUAGCUAGUGCGGAUAAGAAGGCCAGCAGAGCUACUGCAGAAGGAAGAAUAGGAUCUUAUAUCCAUGAUAACCGAAUUGGAGUCCUCAUAGAAGUCAAUUGUGAAACAGAUUUUGUCUCUCGAGGGGAGAUCUUUCAGCAGCUAGUUGAUGACCUGGCAAUGCAAGUUGCCGCUUGUCCUCAAGUUCGUUACUUGGUCCCUGAAGAUGUUCCGGAUGAAAUUGUGAACAAGGAAAGGGAAAUAGAAAUGCAGAAAGAAGACCUGCUGACGAAGCCAGAGCAGAUAAGAUCCAAAAUUGUGGAUGGUCGUAUCAAAAAGAGGCUUGCAGAAUUUGCAUUGCUGGAGCAGCCUUAUAUUAAGAAUGAUAAAAUAGUUGUCAAGGAUUGGGUGAAGCAGACAAUUGCCACGGUUGGAGAAAAUAUCAAAGUGAAAAGGUUUUUUCGAUAUAAUCUUGGUGAAGGCUUGGAAAAGAAGAGUCAGGAUUUUGCUGCUGAAGUUGCUGCCCAAACAACAGCAAAACCUUCACCAUCAUUACCAAAAGAUCAGUCUGCUGAAGCAAAGGAAACUGUUGAAAAACCACCUGCUGCUGCCAUCUCGGCAGCACUGGUCAAGCAACUCCGCGAGGAAACUGGUGCUGGCAUGAUGGACUGUAAGAAAGCUCUUUUAGAAAGCGACGGCAACCUUGAGAAGGCUCAGGAGUACCUUCGCAAAAAAGGUCUCUCCUCCGCCGACAAGAAAUCUUCCAGAGUGGCUGCCGAGGGUCGAAUCUCCUCCUAUAUCCACGACUCUCGCAUUGGUUGCUUGAUUGAAGUUAACAGCGAGACUGACUUUGUCGGCCGCAAUGAGAAAUUCAUUGAGCUGGUCGAUGACCUGGCGAUGCAGGUGGUUGCAUGUCCACAGGUAGAGUUUGUUUCAGUAGAGGAUGUACCUGAGAGCAUUGUGAACAAGGAGAAAGAAAUAGAGAUGCAAAGAGAAGAUUUGCUGUCUAAACCUGAGAACAUAAGGGAGAGGAUUGUUGAAGGAAGGAUAUCAAAGAGGUUAGGAGAGCUUGCUCUCCUGGAACAACCAUUUAUCAAGGUUGACAGUUUGCUGGUGAAGGAUUUAGUGAAGCAGACGGUAGCUGCUCUUGGUGAAAAUAUCAAAGUUAGGAGGUUCAUUCGAUAUACUCUUGGAGAGACUCAGGACUGAGAAAGAGGGAAAGACGUGCCACAUUUUUAUUUUUAGUUUUUGUGAAGGAAAAGCAGUUUUUGUAACUAGUCGAUCUGUAAUGGAGAAUGGUGUAUUUUUUAGAUUCAGGUAAUUUGUUGAUGAGGUUGUAAGUUUUCACUUGUUCUUAAUCAGCCCAACGAUUUUUUUGGUGAAUGGAAUAGGGACAUCUGUUGUUCGUGUGGUUGUAUUAUAUUAAAGAUUCGACAUGUAAUAACAAUUUUUUUGAAGUGCUACA